CCUCGCUCAGGGGGUGUGCGAGGCUUCAGUCUAAGGGAGAGUGAGCAAAUCGAGGCUUGAAUAGUCCUAGGAGAAAGACGCCCGGGUGGAUUUGAGGUGCAGUCUUGGAGGGAGGGAUUAGGAGCUGCUGGGGUGUUUUUUUUUUCGUCCCCUCUGUGUAGCACGGAGUCCGAAUUAAUUGGAUUUCAUUCACCGGGGAGGAACAAAACUCUCCGGGCAGCUUCAUUCAGAGAGAUUCAUUGACACUAAGAGCGAGCGGCUGCAGCUGGGUGCAGAGGGAACCGCCGGCUUCACUUCUGUCUCGCCUGCCCCAACCGCUAACCGGGUUUGGGAAGGGCGAGGUGGAAUUCAACCCCGCUCUGAGAGCGGCGGCUUCGCGCGGCGCGCUCGGCCUAUGCCUGCCCCGAGGGGCGUCUGGUAGGUACCCCGCCCUCUCCGGCAGCUAGACCCCCAUGAUAGAUACGCUCAGACCCGUGCCCUUCGCUUCGGAAAUGGCGAUCAGCAAGACCGUGGCGUGGCUCAACGAGCAGCUGGAGCUGGGCAACGAGCGGCUGCUGCUGAUGGACUGCCGGCCCCAGGAGCUGUACGAGUCGUCGCACAUCGAGUCAGCCAUCAACGUGGCCAUCCCGGGGAUCAUGCUGCGGCGCCUGCAGAAGGGCAACCUGCCGGUACGCGCGCUCUUCACGCGCGGCGAGGACCGGGACCAAUUCACCCGGCGCUGCGGCACCGAUACCGUGGUGCUCUACGACGAGAGUAGCAGCGACUGGAACGAGAAUACGGGCGGCGAGUCGGUGCUCGGGCUGCUGCUCAAGAAGCUCAAGGACGAGGGCUGCCGGGCGUUCUACCUGGAAGGUGGUUUCAGUAAGUUCCAAGCCGAGUUCGCUCUGCACUGCGAGACCAAUCUAGACGGCUCGUGUAGCAGCAGCUCGCCACCGUUGCCAGUGCUGGGGCUCGGGGGCCUGCGGAUCAGCUCCGACUCCUCCUCGGACAUUGAGUCUGACCUUGACCGAGACCCCAGUAGUGCAACGGACUCGGAUGGCAGCCCGCUGUCCAACAGCCAGCCUUCUUUCCCCGUGGAGAUCUUGCCCUUCCUCUAUUUGGGUUGUGCCAAGGACUCCACCAACCUGGACGUGUUGGAGGAGUUCGGCAUCAAGUACAUCUUGAACGUCACCCCCAAUUUGCCGAAUCUCUUUGAGAACGCGGGAGAGUUCAAAUACAAGCAGAUCCCCAUCUCGGAUCACUGGAGCCAAAACCUGUCCCAGUUUUUCCCUGAGGCCAUUUCUUUCAUAGAUGAAGCCCGGGGCAAAAACUGUGGUGUCUUGGUGCAUUGCUUGGCUGGCAUCAGCCGCUCAGUCACUGUGACUGUGGCUUAUCUCAUGCAGAAGCUCAACCUGUCAAUGAACGAUGCUUAUGACAUUGUGAAGAUGAAGAAAUCCAACAUCUCCCCCAACUUCAACUUCAUGGGCCAGCUGCUGGACUUCGAGAGGACGCUGGGACUCAGCAGUCCCUGUGACAACCGGGUCCCAGCACAGCAGCUCUAUUUCACCACGCCCUCCAACCAGAAUGUCUACCAGGUGGACUCCCUGCAAUCCACGUGAAAGGCCCCACACUCUGGGAUGUGUCCGUUCUUCAGCAGUUUCUCUUAGCAGCAUCAGCUGGGCUGCUUUCUUUGUAUGUGGCCCAGGUGUCAACAUGACACCAGCUGUCUGUAUUAGACAAGGUUACCACGUGUGGAAUUGGUUAUUCCAAAGGGAGAGAUUUGUUCCAUUCUCGUUGGAAGAACAGGACCUGCUGUAUAGAUACAGCCAGUAGGUUUGCUCCACACCCAUGUGUACAGCCUACCCCUGCAGGGACUGGGAUUCGAGAACUUCCAGGUAUAUAGGGUAGGACCAAAUGGUAGGGUAGGAGCAUGUGUUCUUUAGGGCCUUGUAUGACUGUUUCCUUUUGCAUCUGGAACUGACUCUAUAUUGUCUUCAGUGAAGACUGACUCAAUUUUGCAUAUAGAGGAGCCAAAGAGAGGUUUCAGCUCUGUAUUUGUAGUAUCAGUUUGCAAAAAAAAAAAAAAAAAGAAAUAAAUAAUCAAUCAAAUGAAUCUGAUACUCCAUUUGAUUAUUGUAAAUAUUUGAUCUUAAAUCAUUUGACAGUGUUUGUUUGAACUGUGUUUGUUUUUCCUUUGAUGGGUUUAAAGGAAAUCAUCCAAAGGGAGAAAGAGCAGUAUGCCACUUCUUAAAACAAAACGAUUGAAACGUUUGCUCUUUUCUAAUCCAAAGGAUAUAUUUGCAGCAUGCUCGACUUUACCAGUUCUGAAUGACGUUUUCAUGGACACUUACGAGCACAGAGACCUUGUUACGGUGCAGUCUUCAGUGUCUUUCAUAUAUCUUCCUUGUGACCUUUUCUUCUCUCUUAAUGUAGUUGGACUCUGCCUUACUUUUGUAAAUAUUUUGCCUUGUGUUGUCUCAAGGGGGAUAUCUUGGAAAGACACCAAAAUCAUGGGCUCCCUUUUUUUUUUUUUUUUUUUUUUUUUUUUCUGUACGCGGGCCUCUCACUGUUAUGGCCUCUCCCGUUGCGGAGCACAGGCUCCGGACGCGCAGGCUCCGCGGCCAUGGCUCACGGGCCCAGCCGCUCCCCGGCAUGUGGGAUCUUCCCGGACCGGGGCACGAACCCAUGUCCCCUGCAUCGGCAGGCGGACUCUCAACCACUGCGCCACCAGGGAAGCCCCACUUUUUUUUUUUUUUUUUAAACUUCAGCUGUGCUAAACAGUAUAUUACCUCUGUACAAAAUUCUUCAGGGAGUGUCACCUCAAAUGCAAUACUUUGGGUUGGUCUCUUUCCUUUUGAAAAACAAUUUGUGCGAAACUGGAAGCGUGUGUGUGAGCGUGGGUACCCAUUCAAUAGGCGACAUGCAUAUGAUUGUGAAGGAGGGAGACAAGUGGCUCCAUUAUGUUCAUGGUGUAAAGUUCUGAGCUGAAAUUUAUUAUAAGAAUGUAAA